AUGCCUGCACCCCAGCACAUAACUCACCUUAUCCGUCUUGACAGUUUAUGUAAAGAUUGGUCAUCAAUUCAUAGCCAUUCGUGUGCAUUAUUCUCGUCACUAAUAAAUAUCCUGACGCAGAGACAUACAACUACCGAUGUCUUGCAAAACAUCAGUGCUUCCGACGCAACGAUAUCAAGACUAGUCACGAACGUGAACUUUUCCUCCAUUUCUUUAAAUCCUCUGGAUCAAGUUUUAACAUCACAAACAUUAAGCUUGGUUAUAUACAAACAAUCUCGUGAAAUCGAAAAUGUAUUAACAAAGAUUCAUAAAAUCAUCGAUGAUUUUGAAGAAAUUUUGAAAUCGAUGGAGAGCAUACUAUCACAGAAUAAUAAAAUAUUGUUCGGCCCUUUGAUGAUAACUAACGCGUUGUCGUCAACUCUGCCGAAUUCAGCCCAAUCAUCUCCUUCGUCUUCUCCGAAAAAACAGAAAAAAAAGAGUAAAUCCUCGUCAAAAUCAAAGCAAACUUCCAAGUCAGGUACUCCCAAGAAACAACCUCCACCGGACGAACAAAAAGUAGAUGACGCGACCUAUAUUCAAGCGCCCUUGUCGAAUUUUUAUAUUUCGGAAAUUACGCGAAUGUAUGAACGGGAAUUAACGCAUAAACGAAAUUUGAUGUUUGGAGGCGCUCUGAAGAUUGAUUUAGACACAGCCGUAGGGGUGGGAGGAAUCAAAUCGGUUAGCGAACGGUGGGCCGCGCAACCACACAUUGACUUCGAGAUCGAAGAGGAAAUGGCCGAUAGAAUCAAAAUUUGGAAAACCGCUAAAGAGCUCGGCCAAUAA